GGAUGAGCCGGACUCACAAGACAGACCUACAACGUCGCUAUCAAGUCUCGAUCAAAUCGAACUCACUUGCAUCACUGUCAUAAUACACACAUCAUCGCUCGAGCUUCAUCGCUAUCCACGAUGCUCGACCAUGUAUCCAUCUCGCACGAGAGUGGUCUCGUCCUCUGGUCCAAAUCCUACAACCCGUCCUUCGAAGCCAUGUCCCAGUCCUCGGCUCGUUCGCCGGUCAACACGCUCGUCAGGGAUAUCAUGAUCGAGAACAAGUCGGCCGAUCCGGAAGAAGGGUUCGAGAAGGAUGGAUGGAGGGUCAGGUGGACAGUCGAGAACGGGUUGGGUUUGGUCUUUGUUGUCGUCUUCCCCGCCCUCCUCCCGUUGACUUACAUCUCAGACCUCCUGUCCCGGUCCAAAUCCCUCUUCCUCUCCCUCUUUCAACAAUCCAUCCAAGCCCUCGUGCUCUCCCUCUCUUCCACUUCCACCUCUCAACAGAGUCAACAAGCUACGGAGGAGGCCAACGUACAGAUCGACCAGGCGCUGAGUCGAUUGAAGCGAGAGCUGGUAGGAGAGAGGUGGGAGGAGAUCUGGGAAAGGUGUUUGAGAGGCUGCGAAGAGAGGGCGGAUGGGAAGAAGAUGGGUGGGAAGACGAAGAAGGCGACCAACAAUAACACUCAGGCUGCUCAGAAGGAAGCCGUCCAGCAAGAUAAUGACGGCGACAAGACUGCGACUCAACCGGACCAGACGGGCCUGUCAGCGGAAGAGAUCGCCAAGAACGUCCAAGCCUUCAAGAACCGUAUGAAGACCACCUCUUCUGGCCGCUCUUCUCCCGCCCCGAAUGGCGGCACUGCUAGUCCUGGGAAGAACGGCCGGCCGGCCCAGACCAAACGGACCUCGACAGCGAAUGCUGGGGCGGAGAAGAUUAUGAGAAAAUGGGGUAACGGAACAGGGGAGGUCACUCCGGAUGCGAUGAAGGAGUUAGAUUUCUCCGGCCCGGAUCUGAGGGAAGAGCAGGAGAAGGAAGGCAAGGUCGAUGUGGAUGGGUUGGUGGAUAGGGGCAGUCUGGGACAGGUCGGGAAGGAAGGGUUUUACGAAGUCGCCGAUUGGGAUGUCGGCAAGGGGUCCAACAACAACGUCAACAAGGAGGAAUUGCCGUCGGAGGAAGAGAUCUUGGCUCGAGGUCGACGAACAGGUGGAAGCGGUAACGCGGCAGCGAAGACGGACAAUCCGGAAGACCCACAGGAACCGAUCUCGAGGUUGUCCAGCCUUUUCAACCGUCUGACAGGGAAGAAGGUCCUCAGCGAAUCGGACCUCGACCCCGUCUUGCGGGAGAUGGAGAAACAUUUAAUGAGCAAGAACGUCGCCAAAGAUAUCGCCGAGAAACUCUGUGAAGGUGUAGGCAAAGCUCUGGUCGGAAAGAAGUUGGGAGGCAUGACCAGCGUGAGGCAUGAAGUCAACAACGCGCUGUCGACGACGAUCACGCAGGUCCUGUCGCCCAAAACCUCCACGGAUAUCCUACUUGACAUCAAACGCAAGGCCUCUCAACCCCUUCCUCCUUCAAUCUCCUCGGACCCUAAUGCCACGCCGAAGAGGGAUCCGUACACGAUGACCUUUGUCGGAGUGAACGGGGUGGGCAAAUCGACCAACCUGAGCAAGGUCGCCUUCUGGUUGUUGCAGAACAAGCUCAGGGUCUUGAUCGCCGCGUGUGAUACGUUUAGGAGUGGGGCGGUCGAGCAGUUGAGGGUACAUGUGAGGAACUUGGGAUUGUUGGAGAGUCAAUUGGGAGUCGGACGGGCUGGAGAGGGAAAGUUGGUAGAGCUUUACGAGAGGGGGUAUGGCAAGGAUGCGGCGGGGAUCGCCAAGGAUGCGAUUGCGCAUGCCAAGGAGAACGGCUACGACGUCGUCCUGAUAGAUACGGCCGGCCGAAUGCAAGACAACGAACCCCUCAUGCGCGCCCUGGCCAAACUCGUCACGGUCAACAACCCGGAUAAGAUCGUCUUUGUCGGCGAGGCGCUCGUCGGAAACGAAGCGGUCGACCAGCUUAGCAAGUUUGAUAGGAGUCUGAAAGACUUUUCCGCGGCGGCCUUUGGAGUCCGGGGCAAGGCGAGAGGGAUCGAUGGGAUGAUCUUGACCAAGUUCGAUACCAUCGAUGACAAAGUCGGCGCGGCGCUGUCCAUGACAUACAUCACGGGUCAACCGAUCUUGUUUGUGGGCUGCGGACAGACUUAUAGCGAUAUCCGGUCUCUUCGAGUGAAUCAUAUCGUCGAGGCUCUGCUGGGCGCAUAGGAUAGAACGGCAUGAUAGCGAUUGGUUACGGUAUUACAAUACGGUCGAGGUAAUCGAUGUUGUAUAGCACGUGAGGAUGGUGGAUGAUUCAUGUUAUUUCCACCUGAA